GUUGGGUGCCGAGCUCCGCCCACGCCCCCCCUCGCUCCGUCCCUCAUCUUCCUCCUCGCGCGAGCGCCGCCAACCCCUCCCUCCCCAUCCCGCUGCCGGGCGCCGCAGACCCCUGCCUCGUCUCCUCCACCGUAGGUAUCUAUCUCCCAUUCGAUUCUCUCGGUCCCGACCUCCAUCACCCCACGAGGCCACGAACCCUUUAGUUCCCCGUCAUAAUCUUCCCCAAUUCGUAACUGAGGCCGCCCUACCUUGCUCUACCGGGUCCUCCGCCCGAGCUAGUAUUUAUCCUCCUUUUGUUAUCCUCGUCAUGAUCUAGCAAGUAAUUCAAGAGGAAGGAGCCAAGUGUUGAUCGGAGAUGAAUGCUCCUGACCGCUAUGAGCGUUUUGUUGUGCCUGAGGGCACAAAGAAGGUGUCAUUUGAGAAGGAUACGAAGAUUAUGAAUGCUGCAUCAUUCACAAUUGAACGUGAGGACCACACGAUUGGCAACAUCCUCCGCAUGCAGCUGCACAGGGACCCAAAUGUUCUCUUUGCUGGCUAUAAGCUCCCUCACCCCCUUCAGUACAAGAUCAUAGUUAGGAUCCAUACUGCAAGUCAGUCCUCUCCGACCCAGGCAUAUAACCAGGCAAUCAAUGAUCUAGACAGUGAGCUUGAGAACCUGAAGCAGGCUUUUGAGAAGGAUCUGGUGAUGAAGCAGGGGAUCGUGGAUGGCGCAACUGGACUUAUGCAUGCUACGAUCAGGCUUCGUCGACGUCACCAGGAGAAUCGGCAGCUGAUUGAGGCACCUCUUCGUCUGACUACAUCGUAAGCUGCUUUGCUGGGUUUCAAGCUGCUGGUUGUUCAAGAACUCUUAUGUCAGUAUCUCUUCUUUUGGCCCCUGCGUGGGUUGUUGCCUCUUGUGGUGUAUACUUUUCGCCUGCUAGUUGCAGGUUAACUUGAAUGUUCUUUUGGUGGCGGCAGGUUUUCUUCCCAUAGUGGC